AUGCGGAUAGAGGAAAGCGAAGGUGUAUCGGCGUCGAGAAAGCACCUGGUCUUUGCUUAUUACGUUACCGGUCAUGGUUUUGGUCAUGCCACUCGUGUUGUUGAGGUUGUUAGGAACUUGAUUUUGGCUGGGCAUGAUGUGCACGUGGUCACUGGUGCACCUGAUUUUGUCUUCACCUCCGAAAUUCAGUCCCCUCGUCUCUUCAUUCGCAAGGUACUAUUGGAUUGUGGAGCAGUACAGGCAGAUGCGUUGACUGUGGAUCGCCUUGCUUCCUUAGAGAAGUAUUCGGAGACAGCUGUGAAGCCUCGGGAAUCUAUUUUGGCGACAGAGAUAGAGUGGCUGAACUCCAUCAAAGCUGAUUUAGUGGUUUCUGAUGUUGUUCCAGUUGCGUGUCGUGCUGCAGCUGAUGCUGGAAUUCGAUCUGUCUGUGUCACCAACUUCAGUUGGGACUUCAUCUAUGCAGAGUAUGUCAUGGCUGCUGGGAAUCAUCAUCGUUCAAUAGUUUGGCAGAUAGCAGAGGAUUACUCUCACUGUGAGUUCCUAAUCCGCCUCCCAGGAUAUUGCCCAAUGCCUGCUUUUAGGGAUGUUAUCGAUGUGCCUCUCGUUGUGAGGAGGUUGCACAAAACCCGCAAGGAGGUAAGGAAGGAACUUGGCAUCAGUGAUGAUGUGAAGCUGGUAAUCCUUAACUUUGGUGGACAGCCAGCUGGGUGGAAGUUGAAGGAGGAGUACUUACCUUCGGGUUGGCUUGGCCUGUAUUACCAGUGUGGUGUUGAGAUGAUUAGGAGAGAUUUACUCAUUGGUCACUGGAAACCAUAUCUUGAACGUGCAAUUAGUUUGAAACCAUGCUACGAGGGAGGCAUUAAUGGAGGCGAGGUGGCAGCUCACAUUUUGCAGGAGACAGCUAUUGGUAAAAACUAUGCUUCAGACAAGUUCAGUGGAGCAAGAAGAUUGCGUGAUGCCAUUGUUCUCGGGUAUCAAUUACAAAGGGUCCCUGGAAGAGAUAUCAGCAUCCCGGAAUGGUAUGCAAGUGCUGAAGAUGAACUUAACAAAUCUACUGGGUCUCCAACUGCCCAAAUAAUUGAAAAUGGAUCCCUAACGAGCAUAUGCACUGAUGAUUUUGAGAUUCUUCAUGGAGAUCUUCAAGGUCUUCAAGAUACAAAGAGUUUCUUAAAGAGUUUGGCAGAGCUAGAUAUCAUAUAUGACUCUGAGAAGAACACUGAGAAGCGUCAGAUUCGGGAACGUAAAGCUGCUGCAGGACUCUUUAAUUGGGAGGAAGAUAUCUAUGUGGCGAGAGCACCUGGAAGAUUGGACGUAAUGGGAGGGAUUGCUGACUAUUCAGGAAGUCUUGUGCUGCAGAUGCCUACUAGAGAAGCCUGCCACGUUGCUGUGCAAAAGAAUCAUCCGAGUAAGCAUAGGCUCUGGAAACAUGCCCAGGCUCGGCAAAAUGUGAGAGGACAAGGGCCUACACCUGUUCUUCAAAUAGUAUCCUAUGGGUCAGAAUUAAGCAAUCGUAGUCCGACCUUUGACAUGGAUCUAUCUGAUUUUAUGGAUGGGGAAAUGCCAAUAUCGUAUGACAAGGCAAAGAAAUAUUUUGCCCAAGACCCAUCACAGAAAGCUUUGCUCAUCUCAGAUCUUAAUUAUUCCUACAUGGAAAUACAGGUUUCUUCUGCUGUCCCUGAGGGAAAAGGCGUAUCUUCUUCUGCCUCAGUGGAGGUUGCUAGCAUGUCUGCUAUAGCUGCUGCUCAUGAGAAUCAUAUUGUUGGAGCACCAUGCGGUGUAAUGGAUCAGAUGACUUCAGCAUGUGGCGAAGCCAACAAACUUCUUGCAAUGGUGUGCCAGGUAAAGAUCAUUCAUGCUGCUGACAAAAACUUUGCUAAAGGUGUGCACAUGAUAAGAAACAAUGCUAAACCUGUUGUUGGUGGUGCAGAUUAUGGAUCUGUAAGAAUAGGUGCCUUCAUGGGUAGAAAGAUGAUAAAGUCUAGAGCAUCUUCUACUUUGUCUAGAUCACAGCCUAGUGAUGAAUUGGAGGAUAAUAGUGUGGAUCUACUCAAUGCUGAAGCUUCAUUGGAUUACUUGUGUAACUUGCCACCACACAGAUUUGAAGCUCUCUAUGCUAAGGUGCUUCCUGAAUCCAUCCUUGGAGAGACAUUUCUGGAGAAGUAUGCUGAUCACAAUGAUGCUGUCACUGUAAUUGAUGAAAAGCGCACAUAUGUAGUGAGAGCACCAGCUAAACAUCCUAUAUAUGAAAAUUUCCGGGUCAAGGCCUUCAAAGCAUUAUUAACUUCCGCCAGUUCAGAGGAGCAAUUUACAGCUCUUGGAGAACUAUUGUAUCAGUGUCACUAUAGCUACAGUGCUUGUGGGCUUGGCUCUGAUGGGACGGAUAGGCUUGUGCGGUUGGUACAGGAAAUGCAACAUCGAAAAUCAUCAAACUCUGUAGAUGGGACCUUAUAUGGAGCAAAAAUCACUGGUGGUGGUUCUGGCGGAACAGUUUGUGUAAUUGGCAGGAACUGUCUUGUAAGCAGCCAACAAAUUCUUGAGAUUCAGCACAGAUACAAAGCUGGUACUGGCUAUUUGCCAUUUAUAUUCGAGGGUUCAUCACCUGGGUCGGGAAAAUUCGGAUAUUUGAGAAUUCGUCGGCCUCUCCCCAGAUCUUAG